GAUGGACAAUUCCUCCACGAUAUUCAUGGAGCUUCUCCACACUCUGCUGUUGACCUUUGUCCAACCGGUUAUGAUUUUGUGGUUUUACAACGCGACAACACCUCGACAAUGGCUACCACAGUCAUGAAGACGGGCGAGAAGCCCGCAGCGGCCGCAGUUGUAGACCCUGCAGAUAAGAAACAGCCGUCGCACUAUCGUGGGUUUGUUGCUGGUGUUUUCUCUGGCAUUGCGAAGCUGUCAGUUGGGCAUCCAUUCGAUACAGUAAAAGUACGGUUACAGACCACCGACAAGUCGCACUUUCGAGGGCCAUUGGACUGCCUGCUGCAGACAGUAAGGAAGGAGGGUUUCGCAGGGCUCUACAAGGGUGCAACGCCGCCACUGGUAGGAUGGAUGUUCAUGGAUUCGAUCAUGCUUGGCUCCCUCAGCGUAUACCGCCGUAAACUGAACGACCGCUUCUUCAAUCCUCGCCAACCGGGCCACGAGCAAGGCAAGCUUCCCAUUGUCGGUCAUGCAAUGGCAGGCAUGAUGGCGGGAUGGACCGUCUCAUUCGUCGCAGCGCCCGUCGAGCAUGUAAAGGCACGCCUUCAGAUCCAAUACUCCGCCGAUAAGAGCAACCGUUUGUACAGUGGACCAAUUGAUUGCCUGACAAAGAUAUUCCGUGGCCACGGCGUGCGCGGUGUAUACCACGGUCUUUCAGCAACGCUGCUGUUUCGCACAUUCUUCUGCUUCUGGUGGGGCUCAUACGAUGUCUUCACACGAAUGCUGCAGAACAACACAAACUUGUCAACACCGGCAGUCAACUUCUGGGCUGGUGGAUUGUCAGCACAGAUCUUCUGGAUCACAUCAUACCCGAGUGAUGUGGUGAAGCAGCGCAUCAUGACAGACCCAUUGGGCCCUGAAAGACGAUUCCCCCGCUGGAGAGAUGCGGCGAAGGCUGUAUACAGAGAGAAUGGAUUCAAGGGAUACUGGAGAGGCUUUGUGCCGUGCUUCCUGAGGGCCUUUCCGGCGAAUGCUGUAGCUCUGGUCGCAUUUGAAGGUGUUAUGAGGAGCUUGCCUGAAUGAGCAUGGUUGAAGAGGAGAAAGAGAAGAUACAAGAUAUCACAACGACCUGUCAUAGGUCGGGCAAGGCGACCGCACUGCAAGAGCAGUCAACACAAGCGCCAAGCCGCCAGCGUUGGCUUUGAUGGAAGGACCUGGCAGCUCGAGAUUGGGAAGAUAUUUGAGAAGAGCAGAGCUAGAAAGCCACAAUGCUCGGAGAGCACCUGCAAGAGGUCAAGCCAUAUGUUGGGCACCAAUGUAUAUACUCGGUGAAAAGAAUCUCACCUCAAAUGUCAAUUAUCC